AUGGCUGGAGAGGACUGGUUUAUGGGGUUUAGAAAACGACAUUCCCAACUUUCGAUUCGUACCCCUGAAACUACUAGUCUAGCAAGAGCAUAUGGCUUCAAUCCCACAAAUGUCAAUAAAUUUUUUGAAAAUUUAAUUAAGCUAUAUAAUUCUUAUAACUUUGAACCACAUAAUAUAUGGAAUGCAAAUGAAAGUGGUUUCACCACCGUUCAAACUCCUGCAAAAAUUAUAGCACAGAAAAGUGCCAAACAAGUCGGCUCUAUAACGUCAGGAGAAAGAGGAACGUUAGUUACAAUAUGUUUAGCCAUCAAUGCUAUAGGCCAUAGCAUUCCACCAUUUUUUAUUUUUCCAAGAAAACGAUACAAAGAUCACUUUAUUCGUGAUGGGCCUAUUGGAUCUAAGGGUGUGGGAAACGCAUCGGGUUGGAUGCAAGAGGAGGAAUUUUUAUCUUUUUUGGAACACUUUAAAAAAUAUUCUAGUGCAUCCAAGGAGAAAAAUGUCUUAUUAAUCUUAGAUAACCAUAGCUCUCAUUGUUCAAUUUCCGUUAUAAACUAUUGUCGCUCCAAUGGGAUUGUUAUUCUAACACUUCCACCACAUUGCUCGCAUAAACUCCAACCAUUAGACAAAGCAGUUUAUGGGCCAUUGAAAAAGUUUUAUAAUGGAGCUAUUGACACAUGGAUGAGAAAUUAUGUGGGGCAACAAUUUCAGAUUUAUGAUAUUCCAGGAGUGUUAAAAAAUGAAAUACCAAGGGCAGUGACACCAAAUAAUAUAUUAAAUAGGUUCUUAGCAUGUGGCAUAUUUCCUUUAAACCCAAAUAUAUUUACAGAACAAGAUUUUAUCUGCUGUAAUAAUUCAAAUGCUAGCUCAAUAUUGAAUUUAAAAAUAAUGAUGAAAAUAUUACAGUGA